AUGUACGGUUCGGUUCCGACCUCAGAAGCUUUUAGCUACCUCGUGGCUGUUUCCGUCACUGGUGCAGCUGGCUCUCCACAUGACUCGUGGGGCUUGGAGCGCCUGUUGCUACUGGCCGAAUCCAUGCAUCGAGGACCAUGGUCGAUCUCCGCCAGUAGCCAACAACGGGAGAAAACAAAACAAGCGAGGGCUGCUUCCCAGCAAUUCAGAGAAGCAGCAGGCUAA